AUGACUUUCUCUGGUUCUUCCAUUUGUGACACCGUUGGAAGCUUGCUUUCUGUGCCCCCAUUAACCACCUCUAGAUGGAGCGUAACAUCUGUAGAUGGACCUCCAAAUCCCGUUCCUCGAAUAAGAUUUGGAAAGCUAUCUACUUUGAUGUUAAGUCCAAAACCUCUUCCCUUCUAUCUCGACCAGCCAAAUACACCUCCAGAAACUCCCACAUCAUUGAUGCUUGGAACCUUCUGGUGGAUUUCAUCCAUCCCACUUAAGCCAGAAACACUCCCUUGCCUCAGAGCCUCUUCUUCGUCCCCUCCUCUCCUCCUCUCCUCCUCUCCUUCUCUUUCAAUCAAACACAAGCCAACCACUGAAGAUACAUGCAGCCAUGAAUUCUUCUCCCACAUUUCGUCUCCCCGCCUACGAAGCAAAUCUGUUUCUCCUCUUCCUCCGAUCGGGAUUUUAGGGGGCGAAGUCCUAUAUCUCGCUCUUGAUCCCAUUCCCGUGCCUUCUCCCCAACCUAAGAAAACCCCUUCGCCUUCUCAUCUCUCUUUGAGAUCUUCAACUAACUCUCUUCCUCUUCAAGAACUGUUACUCCUUUCUCCUCCCCUCUUUGACGAUCCAGAACCCGGCUCCUUGAAAGAACGGAAAUGGCGGAAGAAGCCCUUGAGCCGGAAGGCCAUUGAAGACGUUGCAAGAGCAGAGUUGCUUCCAUGGAUCUGCCGGCCUCUCCCUCCCAAGAAACGUAAGGAGAUCUCGGAGGCGAAUGGAGCUAGAGAUCCAAAAGAGAUGGAUGAGGGUCUGUGUGAUAAGGUUGGGAAACCAAGGAGAAGAAAACAGGAAGCAGCGAUGAAGAUCAAAGUAGCCUAGAUCGUAUUGGACUGCUGAUAUCCGACCUUAUUAUGUGGAAUGAUGCUGCCAGAUCAAGCCUCUGGUUCGGGUUUAAAUCCCUCUGUUUCCUAUCUUCUUGUUUUACAAUAGUAUUGAGCUUUA